AUGGACAAUCAACUCCCUUUCCCCAUCGUGGAGAUUUACCUGCGGCUGGGCAGAAAAUACGACAUCCGUUAUCUAAUGGACAAAGCCGUUCAUAGCUUGACCUCUGGAUACCCAACAACCCUGGAGGAGAGAGAUACUAUUUCAAAUUGUCGCAAGUUCAAGGCUCCAACACCAGCGAUGAUUGAUGUUCUGAAUAUUGCACGAGAGUACUCCAUUCAAACACUGCUGCCAUUUGCCUACUUCACCUGUACACGUUACCUUGAGGAUUUUGCACUUGGGAUGACUCGAGAAGAUGGGAGUCUGGCAAAACUCGAUAAUGAUGCUCUAGGCAUCUGCAUUAUUGCCCGACGCCGAAUACAUGAAGCACUGAGGCUUCACACACUUUCAUGGCUCAUGAAAGAUAUGAAAAUAUCUACGCAUUGUGCUCACGAAGGCAUAUGCUCUGGACACAGGAAUACUUUUAUUAAAUGGUCAUUCAGAUCCUCGAUAGAUCCAGUUAGGGCGGCGCUGGAAAAGAGGAAACUCUCUGUAUACCACAGCGAACUAUGCCUCUUUUGUUUGACGGUGGUUGAAAGGCUCCAUCAAGCAGGUCGUGAAAAGAUGUGGGAGCUGCUACCCUCUUUUUUUGGCUUACCUCCUUGGGACGAGCUCAAGAACCUCGAGUAG